AUGUCCGUGCAAUGCAGAACAACCACAUUCAGGAGGUUGUUACAACAAAAUGCAAACCACCACCACCAGCGACGGCAGCUAAGCCGAACCCCCGCUCUCUCCGUCGAUCAUCACCACAACGUUUUGGUUGAAGAAAAUGGAUACUCCAGACUCGCCCUUCUCAACAGACCCUCCGCUCUCAAUGCCAUCAACACCUCCAUGGCUGCAAGACUGCAUAAACUUUAUACAAGUUGGGAAGAUAACCCUAAUAUUGGUUUUGUCAUGCUCAAGGGCAGUGGCCGUGCAUUUGCAGCUGGUGGAGAUAUUGUCGCGCUUUACCGUUUUAUAAAUGAAGGGAAAAUGGAAGCCUGCAAAGAAAUGACUAGAACAGUAUAUAGUUUUAUAUACCUGCUAGGUACAUACUUGAAGCCACAUGUAAGUACCGUAUUUGAAGGCUGCCAAUUAUUUGUUCUCAGUUAA